AUGGCUAAGAGAACUAAGAAGGUUGGUAUCACCGGUAAGUACGGUGUCCGUUACGGUUCCUCUUUGAGAAGACAGGUGAAGAAGUUGGAAAUCCAACAACACGCCAAGUACGACUGCUCGUUCUGCGGUAAGAAGACUGUCACCAGAGGAGCCGCCGGUAUCUGGACCUGUGCCAGCUGCAAGAAGACUGUGGCUGGUGGUGCUUACACCGUUUCCACUGCUGCCGCUGCCACUGUCAGAUCUACCAUCAGAAGAUUGAGAGACAUGGCCGAGGCCUAA